AGAAAGAUAUUCACUCUUCCAUGGCGUUGCGAGGUGUAAUCCUACUCAUUCUAAUCUCCCUCCCAGCUUUAUUCGCCUCAGCCGAUGAGAAGCUAUCCGCAUAUCAAGUUCUUCAAAAAUACAACUUCCCAUCAGGCAUCCUUCCCCAGGGCGUUGUUGGGUACGAAUUGAACAGAGACACAGGUGAGUUUUCAGCUUAUUUGAGCGGAACCUGUAACUUUGCCAUUGACUCGUAUGAACUCAGUUACAAGUCCACCAUACAAGGAGUGAUCUCCCCAGGCAGGAUCACAAAAUUGAAGGGUGUCAGCGUUAAGGUUCUCUUCUUCUGGGUUAACAUCGUUGAAGUGAUCCAUGAUGGGGACAAGAUGGAAUUCUCCGUUGGGAUUGCGUCGGCUAACUUCCCAACUGACAACUUUUUUGAGUCUCCACAGUGUGGGUGCGGUUUCAACUGCAAUCACUUGAAUGCUUUCGUGUCGUCUAUUUAGGUGAGUACCGAUCACUAUGGAUGACUCAUGAUAAUCUGUUGCUGUUAGGGUUUAUUUUGGGUUUCCAGCCACUUGAGAAAUCUUUAUGAUAGUGUUAUUAUUAUUAAUUAAAACCAUGAAAAGGUGACCGAUGGAACUACCAAUUUUAUUGUUGGAAUCAAUUCUUCUUCUUCUCUAA